UACACCGUUGCUAGCGCUGAGUGGUUCUUGAAAGGCCUCUAUUCACACUCAGCAGGAGCAUUCUACGGCUGCUCAGAGUCAAGUGAUAAUGCAACGAACGGCCCCCAGGCGGGCUCUGAGAUCCAGGGUCCUGGCAUGCAGGGUGUCGGGAACCAGGCCUCGGCAUACCCUCCAAUCACGACUGUUCCUUUGGGGCAAGACCCGCGCGGCAUCAUUCCAAGGUUCUGCCUUCUGCGCCGCGUCUGGCGACUCGGUUUGGGUCGACCCUGGGUUCACGGGGUAUGCCAGCGACACUCAACAAUUCUACCAGGACCUCUGGUGGGACGGCGUGUUCCAUGAUGCAUAUACCCUCGAGCAAGCCAACUUCUCCAAUGCUUACGGCCUAUACGAGGCUGCCGAGUACUACUGGGACUACCAGAACGACACAAAGCUUCUCAUAACCUCGGACGACCUCUGCCAACUGCGUCAGCUCGCCGUGGAGGAGCAAUGGCUCAGAAACGGAGACCUUUCCGCCUCCGGGCUCACGCCGGGCGACAUGAUUCGCGGCAUCGCCGGGAGAGCUGUGGUGUCAAGUACCGCCAACUUCUUCGUCGACAACAUGAUGUCCUGCGGCAAGCAGAGCAAGCUGAACCUCGUUUUCACCUCGCAGGAGCCAUUCAUCUCCUUUGCCGCCAUCGCGAAUAGCGACUAUUUCACGCAAGACGGACGUGGAUACACACCCAAGAAGUUCCUCCCUCAGCCCGGCUCGACAAUGACGUUUGAGUUGUUCACGUACGAGUCGGAUGACGGCUGCAAGAUGCCGUAUCCAGCUACUUGCGAUCAAACCGCUGCUUCAACGACAGCUAGCUCCAACUGCACGCUCUACGUACGCUUCGUUUACCACGACGUUGCGUGCCCAUUCGGUGGCGGCGUAUUCAACGGCCAGGCCGGCGCCGCGUCGGGUGGAGCAUCCGGCGCGGUAUCCAACGGGCCGGCCGGCGGAGCCGGAGCUGCGGGCGGAAUGUCCUUCGUCAUGCCGUUUCAGCAAUUCAGCUACGUGGCGGCGCAGGGUUCUGGCGAUUUCAUUCCCACUGGCUGGUGCAGCAUGUGCGGGGGCGGCGCACCCUUCUGUCCAGGGGACUCUGACGCCUGGCUCAUUGCGGUGGCAGCAUCGGCGGCUGCGAUUGCCAUUGCAGUUGUCGUCAUCGUCAUCUUGACACUUUAAGCAGAUGGCACUACCUACCUCUUUGAGUGGCUCGGGGGAGGCAACCGCCUGGUAUCGGAUAGAGGACCGAGUAUUCAUUAGUGUGUAGUCACUA